AUGAUACCUCUAGUGGAAUACAAGAAGAUGAGACCAUUCUUUUCAUUUGAGCACCACAUUCUCUCUUUCUACAUUUGUAUAUAUAAACACGCAACCACCUUCAUCAAACAAAAUAUCAACUCAUCUUCUCCAACAAGAAUCAUCAAAACACACACAAAGAAAAGACAGAAACACAUCUAUAAACAAAGAAUCAAGAAGAAGAUGACAAAAGUUCACCCUAAAUUCCCAAACACCUGCGAGGAAAGCUUGUGGGAUAGUAAAGCAGCCGUAGGUUUAACGGUGUGGAAGAAGUCUCUUCUCUUCAACUGCGAUGGUUUCACAGUUUACAACUCUUAUGGAGAUCUUGUCUUUAGGGUUGACAAUUACAUGAACUCUCCUAGAGACAACAUCGUCCUUAUGGAUGCUUCCGGCUUGCCCCUUCUCUCCAUCCGCCGUAAGAAGUUGAGCCUAGGAGAUUGCUGGACGGUAUACGAUGGAGAAACACAAAAAGAUCCAAUAUUUACAGCAAAGAAAAACGUUAGCAUACUAACAAAUAAAAAGGGCUUGGGGUGGGUUAGCGCAAAGAAGACAGUAUUAUACGAGAUUGACGGAUCGUAUAGUCAGAGAAGCUGCAAAAUAGUAGACGUGAGGAUGAACAAGAAGAUAACGGCAGAAAUCAAGAAGAAAGAUGCAAUGGUUGGAGGAGGUUCCUUUGGCAAAGAUGUGUUUAAACUUAUAGUUGAACCGGAGAUGGAGCCUCGUGUGGCCAUGGCAUUGACCAUCAUUCUCGACCAGAUGUUUAGAUCUUAUUGAUUCUUCUUUUUCAAGCUUUGUACGUGAGUAUAUAUUAGUUUCCCUUUUUGUUAUGUAAUUUGUGCAUGUGUUUCUUGUUACACAUGAAUAGAAACGACUUUUGUUUUCAGUUAUUAAUUUUAGCCUUAUACUAUACAUAAAAUGAAGUUGAUUGACGGUG